AUCCCCCCGCCCCCAUUUUAAAUCCUAAUUACAUUUUGGACGCAUUUCCUACACGCGCGCGCGCACUUGAACACACCUCCCACCUGCGCCCGCGUGCGCGCUCUCCGUAUCACCCUGUCACUCCCUCGCGCUCCUCACACUUUCCUCUCUGCUACCCAAGAUGGCGGCAGCUUCGUCCAUCCAGCCGCCGAGCGUUCACCCUUCUCUCGACCAGGACGGCGCGCUUUCGCCGGGAAUGGACAGCCCGGAGAGUCGGCAGCCGGAGGAUGAGGAGGCAACGGCGGCGGCGGCUGCGGCGGCAGCGCAGCCCUCGGAGCUGGGGAUUAGCCUCCGCGACCUGUCGGACCUGGAGCCGGAGGAGGUGGAGAGGAGGCUGUCCAAAACUCGCCUGGAGCUGAGCAACAGGAGAAAGAUCCUCAUUAAGAACCUGCCUCCCGACACCACCAACCAGGAAGUCCAUGAAAUUCUAAAAGAUUAUGAACUGAAGUACUGCUUUGUGGACCGCAACAAAGGCACAGCCUUUGUGACUUUGCUGAACGGGGACCAGGCUCAGGAUGCCAUCCGCUCCCUCCACCACAGCACUGUCCGAGGACGCCUGAUCAACGUGGCCCUGCAGCCCACAGACUCCCUGCUUUGCCUCACCAACCUGCCUCACACCUUCACCGCGCAGCAGUUCGAGGAGCUGGUGCGCUCGUACGGAAACAUUGAACGCUCCUUCCUGGUGUACAGUGAGCUAACGGGCCACUCCAAAGGAUAUGGGUUUGUCGAAUACAUGAAGAAGGACUCUGCUUCCCGGGCCCGUUCUGAGCUUCUGGGUCGGCCUAUGGGGGAUCGCUUGCUGAUGGUGCAGUGGAUGGACGUGAACCAGCUGAGCCAAGAGGAGAACCUGCACUCGAAGUGCCUGUGUAUAGACCGAUUACCAUUGGACCUUUGUGACUCUGAAGAACUGACGCAAAUUUUCUCAGAAACCUAUAAACCCGUUUUCUGCCAGCUUGCUCAGGAUGAAGGCAGCCCUGUGCGCGGCUUCGGUGUGGUGGAAUAUGAAAGCGCAGAGCAGGCUGAGGCUGUGCUGAUAGAGAUGGACCGAACACUGGUGGGAGGACAGGAGGUCCGUCUGUCGCUCUGUACCCCCGGCACCUCAGGGAGAAGCACCUUGGCUGCCCUCAUUGCUGCCCAGGGUAUGAUCCUAAGUAAUAGGAAGGGAUUGCUACCAGAGCCGAACCUGGCUCAGCUACUGACAAGUAUGACCAAUCCAGCUGCCCUGCAGAUCCUCAUGAGACCCUACCACAGUGGCAAAAGAGGAGGAAAGUACGGCCGGAACAACACCCUGCCAUUCCUGAGACCCCCCCUCACUGCAGCUCUGCUCACACUGGGAAAAGCUCACCAGAGUGCUAUGGUCAGUAAUGGACUAGUCCUCCAGAACCUGCUGCACAUGCAGCUUGCUCAGCAGCAGCUUCUUCACAUCAAAGAGAAACGCAUCAACAGUGUCUCCAGUCUGCUUGGGGACCCGUCCAGACUGCUGAUGCAGAAAGCUUUGUCCCUGCGGCCCCCGGGCCUCAUGCCGCUGGGAAAAGGCCUCCUUGGAGAGUCUCCAACAGAGUUGAGCCAGGAGUCGGUGCCAGUGUCUACCCACAAUACAACAGGCUUAGUGUCAACUCCGGGUGUGAUGCCGUACCUGCAGUGUCGCGCUGGAGACCAAAACAUAUCUCAUUCUGGGUCCACAACCCUCCCUGCUUCCACUCCUUCCUCCUCCUCCUCCUGCGACAAGCAGCCGGUUCCCCCUGGGACGAUGGUGAGCUCCCAGCUGCAGGGACAAAGCUACUCCUUGGGUAUGAGUAACUCAGGCCUUGGCCCGCCUCCACCUAAACACCCUGGAGGAGUUUAUUCAUCAACAAGCCAGCACAGCAGCUCAGAAGGCAACAGCCUGCCUAACAUGGGAAGCAGUGGUCAGAGCUCCUUGUUAGGAGAACCUCCUAAAGAAGUCAGGCUGCCCUCUAAUCCUUACCUGAACUUGGCCAGUGUGAUGCCAGGAGUCGUUCUGCAAGGCGCCGUGGGAAACAAGGCUCAGGGAGGGCCGCCCAGCUCUGGGGUGUACAGCAGCUCCGUUGCUCCGGUUGUGUCUCAGGUUUCCAGCCCCUUUCCCCACAGUGCAGCCGCAAAUGCCCCCCCCUACACUCCUGAUGCCUCCGCUGACUACAGCCAGUACAACCAGGCCUACACACAGGAUGCCAUGCAGCAGUGGUACCAGCACUAUCAAGCAGCCCAGGCUCACACCUACAGCACUGCUCCUCAGCAGGACGGCACAGCUGUAGACUACAGCAAGGAGCACACACAGGCUUCUGCAACAUCCUCCUACGGAGAUUAUAGUUCCUACAUGCAAGCCGUCACUCAGUACUACUCGCAACCUGCAACAGCUACUCAGGCCUUUCCUAGCAAGGAGUUGGAUGUUUGUAAGCCUCUGGGGGUCUCCCUGCACACGGUCAGUAACGGUGCAGCCCCUCCUCCAGCCGUGCUGCCGGCCGCCGCCGUACUGCCAGCCUACAGCACCCUGCCUCUGAUGCCAGGCUUCCUGGGGGCGCCACACCCGGCGGCGGCAGCUCCAACCCCCGUCACACCUGCUCACCCUGCAGCCACAGACUGGAACACAUACUACUAUAACCAGACGAGGGGUCUGAAGAGGGAGUAUCCCAAGCUGGCCGUACAGGAAGUGGCGUCGUCAGAGGGGGCCUACAUCGGGCAGCACUCCCAGGGCUUGGGGGGGCAGUACGCCGACUACUUCAAGAGGAAGAGGCUCUGAGUGAACUGAAGCCCCCCCACAGCCUGCAGCUCAGGGAGGGAGGCUCACCCAGCUGGAAGUCAGAGCUCCCUCUAGUGGCCUUUCUGCUGCCGUGUCGCUGCUGUGGAAUUUGGUAGUUUUAGGCUGAAGUGAAAAAAAAGCCAUACUGCUCUUUGAAUUUGGCACACAAACACAUCAACAGCUUUGCUUUUGUCCUGUUUAAGCCUUAACUAUUUAACUUGUUGUUUCUCAGUCGGUGCAUUCUUAACUAAUAUUUACUUCUAAAUGGUUUUCUAAUAUCCUUUAGACUGAUGUCAAAUGUAUCCGCAGCUGCUUUUGUGAAUGCAGGCGGGUGACCUUUGUGCCUGCUGGGGCUGUCUUAGGACUGGUCUUCCAGUCAGGUCUGCCCCUCAACCCCCAAAUCCCCUCCAGUUUCCAGAAACUACACAUGUGGCAGAGAGUCCCGCCUCCCAGCCUCCUAUUACCCCAGCUCCCCCCCCCCCCCCCACACACACACAAAAACAGCCGUGUUUGUUCCGAGUGUUGGUCUGUUGUACAUGACGGAAGUGUCAGCCAUUCUUUUUCCCAAACGCGGGAGAACAUCAGGAAAGAAAAAAAGAGGUGUGAGCCAACCGGGAGUGGUGACCAACAUCCUCCCACCGGGGAUUGACCUUUCUUACAAACUAAAGCUCAAUGUUUUGUAAAUAUCCUGCCAUUUAAUAUAGAAUAUAUAAAGCCAUGCGUGACAGACAAUAUCAUUAUAAUAAUAAUAACAAUAAUAUGGGCUUUUCCAGCUUUUUAUGUGUGUUUUGCAGCACAAAUUGAAAAUAUUUAUUAAUUUUUUGGGGUGAAUCUAUAAUAUACUGUCAUAUAUUUGUAACAUAUCAAUAUUCUGAGGCAACGUUAGCCAUGUAUUUAAUCAUUUUAUGUGGUCUUUUUUGCCUUUUUUCCUUAAGCCAAAUCUUGGGACAGUCUGCUCUCUUUGGAAGGUUUUGCUUAAAUGAUAACAGAAGCUUAGAUUUCUGUAAAAGAUUCGCUUUGUGCUUCAUUGUUUCUAAGCAGAGUUUGAGUUUUACGACUGCCUGAACACAUCACUCACUCUGAAGUAAAGAAGGCCUGUUGCUCACCACAAGCUGCAAAAAGAAAAGCAUCAGAAAGUUGCUCUUUGAUAUUUCUUUUACAAUUCAUAGGUGGGAAAUUGAUUUUUUCUUUUCUUUUUUAAGAAAUCUUGUUUUUUUUAAAGACGUUUUUUUAAAUAAAUGUGAACAGCUUCUUAUUUUCUAAGUGUUUGUUAAUGUUGCUGCUCAGGCAGAGAGCAGACUCUGAGGAUAGGGCUUUCUAUUUUCUAUCAUACAUGCAGGUUCAGACUUCAUAUCUAACGUCUGGCAAUAACUUUAAGGCUCGUACUGCUGUAGAUAGAUGAAUGUACCCGUUGUCUAUCUGGGAUGUAUGUCACUUCCUGUUUUCCGUUCCCACACUUCCUGUGUCUUUAUCUCUGUGUCCUUUCUUCUGCUUUAGAAUUAUCAGAUGAGGGGAGUAGUACUCUUGUUGUCGUGACAACCACACGCCCACACUGUGAGGACCAAUAGGCAGUGCGACGUGUGUGCAAGGGUCAGUCUUGAAGUCACUGAGGUGAUGGCUCGCCGUGGCGUUCAGGUGCAUGCUUGGUAACAGGAAAGUGGAGCGUCUUUGGUGCUGAGCAGGCCUGCUUAACUGAAGCCAAUAAACGGACACUCCCCUUUUUUUUUCUUUAAAUCUUUAAUAUACUGUCUGUGUGUUGGAGGCAAUUUCUAUCCAAAACUCUCAAAAGGACAGACACGUGCUAGAAAUGUGAAAACUACUUUCUGUAUCUGUCAGUCCUUCUGAUGCUGAAUCUUUAACCCGAUCAGGAAGUAUUCUUCCACAGGUUUGUGCGUCUGUCACCCACACAACCUAUUCCAAUUACUUCAAGAUUAACCCUUAGUAGUCUGGGGCCUUUCUCAGCUUUCUCCUUCUUGGAAUGUGCUGUUGAUGUAGAUCUACACCUGUUUUUUGUGGCAAUAAUUGGUUGAUUAAUUGAGUUUUCAUUAUGACUCAAUGAACUUGAAACUGUCCAAAAAAUGGUAAACUGUCUUUUUUUUUACCGCAAAAUCAUAAAAAAUAAAGAUCGUAUUGUGAUAUGGCAAAGAUAAAACGUGUAGAGACGAAACAAAACUGUAUAAGUCCAACAAUAAAACAAAGACUCUCACUCAAAACUGUGAAAAAUGUCUACAAAUUAUACAAUUUCCACAAACUUGCAAAAGGAAUAUUCCAGGGGGUUUCAUAAUUCUGUGUCAAAUCCCUUUUCUUGGUGUCAAACCAAAUAAUUCAAUAUCAAAUGAAAACUAUACUAAUGGAGGGGUUUGUGUCAUUGUAAACAACUGAUGUGAGUUCAGAGGCUUCUGAAGGUUGAUGCUGUUUCACAACCUCAUUCAAAAAUAAGAGGAGCAGCUGCAGUUUGAUGACACCUUCACCAGUAAACAAACAGUCCAAUCAAAACAUUUAGAGAUUCUCUCCUAAAUGUAGCUUCACUGCAGUUUGCUUCGGAAAACCCCUUUUUCUUGGCAAUAUGUUUUUAUAUUUAUUCUGUUGUUCCACUUUGUUUUGAGGUUUCUGAGUGUCUUUUUGGGAGCUAAAAACAGGUAAACCCAUUCCUGUCCGAGUUUGCUCUUCCACACAAGCAGGUCUGACCAAAAUGGGCGUUCUUUAACCCUUGUGCUAUCUCAGAUGACCCCGCCCUUACAUUGACGUGUUCUCCCUACCAUGACAAAGGUGGAUAAAGGUGGAAAGAUUUCAUGUAAUCCAUGGACACCAGUGAAGAUCACAAAUCAUUGAAGAAAAAAGGUUCAGCGCACUGUCUAAUGGGUCUAGAUGACCCCACUCCCAAAGUUAAAGUGCCUAGGAUAGCACAAGGGUUAAACCCGCCUCCAUCCCCCGUUUGUCUGGGCGUGCGAUUGGCUGUAAAGUGACCAGCUUUCCGACAACCCGUCACCGCCGGAGAAGCUUCUAAAGGCAGAACGAGAGCUUUCUGCUGUCUGUCUCGUCUGUGCGCUCCCUCUGUCUCUAUGCUUUAGCGGCGCUCCAUCGUUGUUUUGUGCCAUCACUGCUGCAGAGGUCAUUUAGAGUUAAACAGAGGGUUUAGCCGUCUUCUCAGUUGAUGUUUGCUAAGCAGUGCAGCAGAGGCCUUACUUUAACACAUUUUCAAAAGUUUUCUCCAUGGUUACCUAUCCUUUUAUAAAGUAACUCUAGUCUUAAUAGUAUGUUUCCUCCUUAACCGCUGUGUUGUCAGUCUAUUCUCUGUGCAUUUCUCCAUCUGGACCAAUAACAACAGUGCUUUAGUUGGUCACAUUUAGUGCGCCUUGUUCUCCGAGGAAGGUACACGAAAAAGAAAUGUAUAAAGACUAAAGGAUCUCUACAUCAUGCCAUGUCUUUUUCAGAGUUUUUUUUUUUUUUGGAGAGCCUUAAAUUACUUUUUAAAGCUUUUUGCCACAGAAAAGAUGAAACAGAGAGCAUUUGGUAUGGUUUUUGUUUCUUUGAUGGUGUGCUGUGAGAUGAAGGACAAAUGAAUUCUAAAGGGGUUGAGAAUCAUUAACUUUUAUCUCAUUGCACUUCUGCUACGCCCUACUUAAAUUAAUUUGGCAGAAAUUGUAAAUAAAAGUGCUUUUUUCCUGCUAUUUCUUCAGAAAUGUGUCUGAAAGGACAGAAUGGAUGGAAACACAGCAGACUUGUGCAUUUUCCUCCUCUCCUGUCUGCUCGCUCAGUGAAGUGUUUGCCAUCUCUGCCAGACGCCUGUAGAGCUGCCACACUCUCCAGCUCAGAGCAAAUGUCUGCUGUCUGCUCUGGGACUCCCGACAGAUGGACGCGGGUCUCCUGGUGUGGUCCAAAGAUGGAGGAAUACGUGAUCAAGCUCAUUGGUAUUAUUGCCUCUGGAAGACAGAAUCCAGCUUUGUUUCACAAAAUAUAUUGAUAGAAGGCGACACAUAAUUCUGCUGAGAGUUUCUGACGAAAUUUGUCUGUAAGACUGUUAGAAUCAGAUGUUUGAUCAUCUCCACUAAACGUCCUCCUCAAUAUUGGAACAGCCUCUUGCAGUUAAAAUCUCCCAUCGUAUCAUUUUUCUGAUUCUACUCAGAGGCUCAAUAAUCAUAUCCCCGAGCUCAAAAAUCAGGUUUUCAAAGUUGACGUGACAAUCUGUCUGCGGUAGUUUGAGGCUAAAGCUGCGUCCUCCAUGGGCCACUUUCACCAACAUCUGCUGCACCCAGGUGAGCACCAGCCCUAUUGGUUUCUUCACACUUCAUCUGGAUCUGUUGUCACGGGAACAGUUGUUACCGUAGUAUAUACAUUUUUUUAAUCGAUGUUUUGGAUUCUGAAUAUCUGAUAACCUGACAGCUUUAGUGUCUGAUGUUAAAAACAUGGAAGAAAACAAAUGCAUCUUUAUAACAAUUCUUUUAUUAUUUGAUAACAAAAAAUAAAUGUAAAUGGAAGAUGCCAUUAGAAAGAGGUGCAGAUGUGUGGUCCUUCAAAGCGUUUCCUUAUCAGAAAGCUUGUGGCUUUGAACAGUUUGAUUAUUGGGUUUUCCCGGUUGUCAUUUAAAAGUCGGUUUGCAUUUGAAGUGUUGAAAUGUUGUGGGUCCAUUCAAUGACCACCAGAGGGCAGCAAAGACAGAAAGUCUAGACUUCUGCUGCCAUGUUUCUUUGGUUUUUGCUCCAUCUCUACCUCCACCAUCUUCUUUACUUUACAAAACACCGUCUCCUAAAGUGAAUUUUCCACCACUGUUGCAUUUUUCAUUGCUUAGAUGCAAGGAUGGAUAAAUGUACACUGGCCGUCAGUGCCAACAUAAAACCAGAUGCUGUCCUUUUGUUUUUGUAAUAUAUAUAUUUAGCUAUGAACAUGAUAUUACAGCCUGUUUUUGUUCUUAGAGAGUUCUUUUCUACAUAACAGAGAAUCUGUUGCUUUACAUUUUGUGUGUUUGUUUGACUAAAAGGACAGCGUAUCACUUUUCCACUACAGAUUUAAGAUUUUCCUGAUUGAAUGGCAUCACUGUCUGUUCAGCUGUGGUGCUGCCUUUCCGCGUCCGUGUCUGCAGGCGUGUGGCAGUUUGUCCUUUUUCUGACCCUGUUUGCUCUUUCAGGAGGCAAAACCGUUGAGUUUGACGUUCAUUUUCGGUCCCGCUGAUAUCCCUGUUUUGACCGUGAAUGAAGUUUCUUACGCAUGCCUGCUUACAGCUGGAACCUAGUUCUUAAAAACACUGCAUUCCAUGGAUAAACAUGCAUUGGUUUGUAUUUAUUUUUUCAUUGUGUACUUUUUUUGGUCAUUUUUAUAUAUAUAUCUUUUGUCUUAUUUAGAGCAGAAGGUCAGUCUUUAACACUUCUGAAUAAACCUUUGAAGUGCA